UGGCAACAAGGGACCAAAACGGCACAAUCAGGCAUUUUGUUUUCUUCCUUGCUUUAUCCCGCUGCCGCUCGUGCCUCAUUCGACCCUUUGCAAGGAGAGGGGUAUCAGCAGUACUUGUGGCCGUCUUUGAACGAUUGGUUCAGGCGUUCUGUUGUGUUCUGGAUCGUCAGAAGUUGUAGUCAGUCAGCAGUUUGUGGUGCCGAUGGUGGUGUAGUUGCGGCCUAUUUAAAUUGAAUUAGCGUAAAUACGAUGGCAUCGAAAGUGCCCGCGAUUGGUUGGCUGUUGGCGGUGGCGGUGCUUUCGGCGUAUGCGAGCGUAACGAUCGAGGCAAAACGUUCGUUUAUCAAUCCGUAUCCACGGUUUAAGAAAACGGCCUUCUACCCACGGGCCGCUGAUGAUGUUGGGGAGCCCCUUUUCCUGACGCCCUUCAUCGCGAACAAAUCGAUCGAAGCAGGAAGGAACGCUGCCCGGGUUAACCAUUCGGCCAUUCCGUCCGACAUCGAGAGCUACUCGGGUUACCUCACGGUUGAUGAGGCCACCAACUCGAACCUGUUCUUCUGGUACUUUCCGGCCAAAUUGGACAGCGUUGGCGCAGCAGGUGGAGAAGCACCCGUGGUGCUUUGGCUGCAGGGUGGACCUGGUGCCUCGUCGUUGUACGGAUUGUUCACGGAAAAUGGCCCAUUCUCGGUGAACAGCAAGCUGAAAAUCGUUCCGCGCAAGUACAGCUGGCACCUGAACCAUCAUCUCAUCUACAUCGAUAACCCUGUCGGUACAGGGUUCAGCUUUACCGAUAAGGACGAGGGAUACGCCCGGAACGAGACACAAGUCGGUGCAAACCUGCACAAUGCGUUGCAGCAGUUUUUCACCCUUUUUCCGGAUCUGCAAACGCGUCCGUUCUUCGUGACGGGCGAAUCGUACGGUGGGAAGUAUGUGCCGGCCGUUGCCCAUACGAUCCAUCGAAAGAAUGAUAACGCAAAGGUAAAGAUCAACCUGGCCGGUAUCGCGAUCGGUAAUGGGCUGUGCGAUCCGUUCCACCAGCUGGUCUACGGUGAUUAUCUGUAUCAGCUCGGGUUGAUCGAUGGAAACACGCGCAAUCUGUUCCACCAGUACGAGGCGAAGGGGAAAGAGUGCAUCACCAAGAAGGACUUUGAUUGUGCGUUUAAUCAGUUCGAUGCCCUGAUCAAUGGGGAUCAGUAUCCGGCCGGUUCGCUGUUCAAGAACGCAUCCGGUUUCAAUACGUACUUUAACUAUCUUGAGACGGAACCGGAUCCGAAGGAUGAGUAUAUGGGCAAGUUUUUGCAGCUGCCCGCUACCCGUAAGGCCAUUCACGUGGGCAACAACUCGUUCCACGAUCUGGAGGGUGAGAACAAGGUGGAGGAACAUCUGAAGCAGGACGUGAUGCAGUCGGUGGUACCGUAUCUAGAGGAACUGCUGACUGCCUGUCGCGUGGUUAUCUACAACGGCCAGCUCGAUAUCAUCGUGGCUUAUCCACUGACGAUGAACUAUGUAACGAAGUUGAACUUCCCGGCACGUGAUGAUUAUCUGAAAGCCACACGACACAUCUGGCGUGUGGACGGCGAAAUCGCAGGUUAUGCCAAGGAAGCGGGCAACCUGGUUGAGGUGUUGGUACGCAAUGCCGGACACAUGGUACCAAAGGAUCAGCCAAAGUGGGCACUCGAUUUGCUGAUGCGGCUGACGCAUGGUAAGCGUUUCGCUUAGAUCGCGCAAUCGGAAAAGGAUCGUUUCUACGGGCGAUGCCAAUAAUGAGAACAAAAAUAAACGAAAUUAUGAAAAAUAGGAAACCCG